AUGGCCGAUCAUCUAGCCCUGAACGUGUGUCCGACCUGCUCCAAGUCAUAUAAACGCCCCGAACACCUGCGUCGCCACCAACUUUCGCACGGCAGUGAACGGCCCUACGUGUGUGUUCUCUGCCGAAGCACCUUCCAGCGCUCCGAUGUGCUUAAGAGGCACCUCAAAACGUGCGAUACGCUCGCUGAUGGCGCGUCGGACUCUUCAGAGCCUCAUCCCAAGAGGCUGGCCUUGACACAGUCCACCGGGGCCAAAGACACAGCAACCUCGUUUUCGCGUCCAUCCGCCGCAGAGUCUCAGAUUCAUGAUGACGAGAGUCAAGCACUAUAUACUUUUGACGUUCCCGGUGACUCUUUCGAGCAUAUCACUGGAUGGAUCUCCUGCGGCUUCACACCGAACCAAAGUCUCGACGACCGGUCCGACGUCUGGCAGGAUUUCUUGAACUUCACCUCAGGAACACAAACCCCCCGUGCUGGCCUCGAGGGCACAGAUGACGAUAUCGGCUCUUUAAGCUUCCUGGAUACUUUCACCAGCACGACAGGGUUCGUGUCUUCGUUCGACUGCGGGACAGUCGAGCAACGGCGCCGAAUCAAUGCCUACUAUUCUGAUGCGACCACACCGGCUGGUCCAGAGAAGUCUUUGGCACAGUCUGUAUUGGCAGACUCCUCCGGUAUGUGCAGGGAUGAUGCAAGCUGGGACGAAGCCAAUGGAGAACAACCCCCUGGGACCAGCUUGAGUCGCUGGCUCUCAGACCCGCUUGCCUUCAAGUGCCAUGAGAUUGUCACUUCGAUCAAAAAUAUCGUGCUGCACAAGUCAAGGAAGAGCUACAUCACACUCUCAUGGUCGCCCACCAUACACGAGACAUGUGCCCAAUUCUUCUCCCCAACGAACGUCCGGCGGUUCGUGCAGCUCUACUGGGCGAUCUGGCACCCCAACGUGAACAUUGUCCACAAGCCGACGUUCGACUUGACGAACGCCAAAGCCGAGCUGCUGGCGGCCAUGUCUCUGAUCGGCGCCUGCGUCUCGUCUGACCCGACUGACACCGAGAGUGCAAAAAAAUGGUUCAACUGUGUGGAAGAAAUGGUAUUCGAUGACGAAGAUUUCUGCGACGACGCGCCUACUGGCCUCUCCUACGCCGCGAGUGACCUGCGGUGGCGCCGGCGGAAGGUCAGGGCACUCCAGGCUUCGUACAUGGUCUGCCUCUUCCAGAACUGGGAGGGCACAACUUCCAGUAAGCGACGGAUUCGGCGGCAACGCUUCAGCAUGGUCAUCGCGGCGGCGAGGGACGUUGGAAUCCGCACCGCCCGCCAUCCCGAUUACAGUCGAAUGGAUCUUUGCGACUUUUCCUUUGACAUCUUCGCCAGCACCGAGGAGUUGAUCCGGGUGCUUUUGUGGGUGUUCCUCCUCGACACGGCGUUCGUCAUCUUCAACAACUUGCCGCCACGCAUGGUCAUCCGAGAAAUGAAAAUGAAUGCCGCCUACCCUGAAGCAUGUUUCCAGGCCAUGACGGCAGAAGAAUGCUUCAAGAUUCUCCAGCACCGGCACCAGCACCAACACCAAGGGAUCUCGCUGUUGCGGCCGAACGUGGCAGACGACUUCACCUCGGCAUUCGAGCUGCUCUAUCGUACCGAUCUCGACGACGAUGUCAGGCUGGCGCUGGCAGACCUGGGGCCUCUCAACCUCUUCGCCAUGACGUCGGCGCUGCACUCUUUGAUUUUCCACCACCAAAGCUCCUUCAGCUGCCAGGGCUCGCUUGACCCCAUCCAGCACGCACUGGAGUCCUGGAGGAGAGUGUGGCACGUGUACCUGACCCGCUUCUCGCGCGAAUCACCGCAUUGCACCGUCGAAUGCGACAUCGACCGCCUCGAGCCCGACGAGCUGUGGAGACGGGUGGGCUUCAUGCGCCACGCCAACGAGUACUGGUACCUCGCCAACCUCAUGGUUGAGCGACUCUCUGCCGCCCCGCCGCCACCGCCACCACUACUUACCGAAGCAGUCGCCACAACCGCCUCCAUAGAGGCUUCAUUAGGGCAGGGACAGAGUCCCCUAAGUGCUCCUGGCAAUGAGACCAUCGGCCCUCUGCUCGACAAGUACGAUGAGACCAGCAUGCAGCAAGUGAACACAUUGAUCUCCGACUUUCAGAUGUUUCGGAUCCAUUAG